UUUGAAACACCCACUCGUCAAAAUGUCGCCUUGUGUUUAAAAAUAAGUGGUUUCGUUCCGACAAAUUGUCGCCGCAUUUAAGUUGAAAUCUUUCGAGAAAACAUGAGCGUUAUACAUCGGGAAUUUGACGAUUAAAGUGUUUUGUGCUGUGUUUACAAACUGCUUUCUUUGGCCGUGAAUUUUGAGCGUUAUGGACGUAUGAAAUGUCAUGUGAAUGAUUACAAUCAAAUGUAAAUUCAGUGCUUUCCACAGGAUGUAAAUAAUGUAAUUUUACUUCCGUACAAUUUACGUAGCUUUGCAAGGUUUCCAGCCGUACUAAUAUUUGAAAUAUCCUUGUUUUAUAAAAAUUGAAAAGUGAUGUCGAAUAUUUGGAGUUUAAGUAGCUACACCUUGGUCUUGUAUUUGUGUGACUUGAACCAAAUUACAAGAUGAAGUAUAGUGAAAUUGGAACUGAAAUUAGACCCGGUAACAUGAAUUCCUUUUACAAAAAUGAGGGAAUGAACUGCAUUUCUAAUUCACAUGAUUCAUUGGAUACACGGUGGAAUGGCGAAGUAGGACAUCAAAAGAGUUAUGAUGCUGUUGUUUUUUCUGUUCUCAGAGUAUCUCCUGAAGAUUUUGCUAGUCAACUUACCUUAAUGGAUAUUGAAAUCUUCAAAGAAAUUCAACCAGAGGAGCUAUCCAGUUGCUCGUGGAAUAAAAAAGAAAAAAUGACGUAUGCACCUCAUGUUGUUGCUUUUACUCAAAGAUUUAACCAUGUUAGCUUUUGGACUGUGAAGGAAAUUUUGAAUGGAAAAACUCCAAAAGCACGAGCCGACAUCAUUGCACAUUUCAUUAAAGUGGCAAAAAAAUUACAUGAACUAAAUAACUUGCACUCUGAAUCAGCAGUUAUAUCAGCACUUCGAAGUGCUCCAAUAUUUAGAUUGUCAAAAACUUGGGCUCAAUUGACAAAAAAGGAGAGAGGAACAUUUGACAAACUAGUUGAUGUAUUCUCGGAUGAUAAUAAUUUUGAGAAAUUGCGAGACCACAUGGCCCAUUUGAAGCUUCCAUGUAUACCAUAUUUAGGUUUAUUUUUAACAGACUUAGUUUUCAUUGAUAUUGCUCAUCCACCAACUCAGGGUUUAGAUAAUCAUCAACGGCAAAUGAAAAUGAACAACAUUCUAAGGGUUAUAUCAGACUAUCAGCGGUCAAAUUAUGACCAUCUUCCAGUAUUACUUCAUAUUCAAAAUUAUUUAAAAUCUGUUAGAUACAUUGAAGAGCUUCAAAAAUUUGUAGAAGAUGAUAAUUUUAAGAUCUCUUUAGAAUUGGAACCUAUGGAAUCCGCUCCAAACCUUAAAGAUUUAAAUACCCAGAGGCACUUAGUUACCGAAGAUCUUAAAAUUUCAGACAAUAGAAAUACAUUAAAUGUACCUGCAACUUUAGAAGCUCGUUCUUCUAGAUCUAUGCCAGGUCACGGCUCUCGUUUAGUUCCUACACAUAGAAGGGCAUGGAGUUUGGGAACUAACGUGAUGUCUUCGCUGUCAGUGGACACUUUGAGUACUUGUUCUACAUUCUCUUCUGAGAGACAUCUCUUAGAUGACAGCAUUUUGGAGCAUUCUCCUGUCAUAACAAAGAAACGAUCUCUUGGAAGUAUUGAAGAUAUCCAUGAUCAUUUUGACACAUGGAUGGAACAUUUGCCCCUUAAUUGCAGUGAAUCUCAAGAAAUAAAUUUGCGUCAUAUUGAUGCUGUUGCCACUUAUCAAGGAUAUGUUCGUAGGAAAACUGUUUUGAAAGAAGGAAAGAAACCUGCUAUGUCUCCGUGGAUGAGGUAUUGGCUGGUUCUUAAGGGUACAACUUUAAUUUACUAUCCUCCCAAGUCUUUACGCGGGACUGAAAAGUCUGAUUUUAAGAGUACACCAUCCAAAACUUUUGAUAUAUCUGGAUGUAUAGUUGUUUGUGCAGAUCCUAGCAUUCAGCCUGAUGCAUUCCAGCUUACCGAUCCUGCAAAAGGAAAUGUGUAUAAAUUUCGAACUGGUUUAGCAUCCAAAACAUUAAUGUGGUACAAGUUUUUGCGGAAAGCAACUAAUCAGUAUGAUGAAAGCACACAUUUAGAAAAUUUGAUGACUUUUGAAUGACUCAAGAAGGAUUUAGAGUCGUAAAUGUGGUGGUGAUAGAUGGGAAAAUGCCAAGUGCCUCUAGGUCAUGUGCCAUACUGUUUUCCAGCGUUGCUUUUUAAAAUGUAAUUUAUUAUCUUAUAUGGACUAUUGCUCAGCUGGUACCUAUGCCAAUCAGCUGAAGUUCAGGCAAUGUUUAUGAACGGCAGCUUUCGGAAAUUGAAACUUACAGUAGAAAUUCACCAACCUUUUUCUUUUUUCAGCAAUAUUUUUUGCAUAAUAUUAAAUGACUGUAUCAUGAAUAUUUUUUUCAUGUUGUGAUAUUAGCAGCUGUAGAUCUUGUGUUACACUACUUUGGGAAAAAUAAAAUGAAUGUGUACUUUUUCAAAUUCAAGAGGACGUAAAAUAUGCUUGAAAAUUGUGGGUAACACGUUUUCUAUUAUGAAUGAUGUUUAAAAAAUAUUUUUAUUUUAAAAAUUCACAGCAUCAUAAUUGUUUUUUUCCUACAUAUCUUUUUCAUUUUUAAUAGUUCAGCAUUGAGAAACAGCAUUUAAUGCAACAUAAUCUUGACACAAGUACUAAGAAUAUCUCGUUUGCUGAUGAAAAAAUAUAUGUCAUUAAUUGUUGUCUCCAUAGAAAUAAUUAUUGCAUUUAUUGCCAAUGGGAAGCUUUUUCUUUUUUUUCUCUGAAAUAAUAGAGUUAAAAACUAAUCAUUUUCUCUUUUUUUUUUCCUUUUAGUUUUAAUUUGAAACAAAGGUGGAAGCAAAUAUUGUGUUUUGCUUGAAUCAGUGUACUCCAAGAAUAAAGUUACUUUUUUUUUAAUAUAGAUAAGAUAAUGUUACACAUUAAGUUACCCAUCCAUUUAGCCCAUCAAAAUGUUUCUCAAUAAGUAUUGCUUGAGAGAUUAAGAGAAUGAGUAAAAAGAUCUGAAGUAUAGCAUAUUGGGGGAUUUUUCUAAAUAUAUUAUUUUAUCCUUUUUUUCCCAACAAAACUACUUAAUUAAAUGAAUUGAUUAUAUUUUUAAGCCCAUUUACUUAAUAGCAAUGUAAAGUUAAAUUACAUAAUUUCCACAAAUUUUAAUAGCAAAAUUUGGUACUCAAUUGUAAGCAGAAUUUAUAUAUUUGUCAAACUUGCAAAUUGACUUUAUGUUAUUUUGUUUUUUAGUUCAUGCUUGUAGCAAUGGUAAUUAGUGCAGUUUUAGUUGUAAUUGUAUAGGCAUGCUUAAAAUCAGAAUUAUUGUUGAUAAGGUAUCUAAUUGUCAAAGCAAUUUAUAUUCUUGGUUGUAAUAAACUUACUUCUGAGGUGCUAUGAACAAUUGUAUUGUUUUUAGCAAAGAAGUUCUGUUUUGAUAUUUUUGCAAGUAUUUAAAUUAAGCUAAUAUAUUUUCUUGUCUUAUAGUAUUAAAUAAUCGAUGCUUCUUCGAUAUUAAAUAAAAGUUAUUUCUGUUUAAGUUCCUGAUGUGUAAACUGAUCACUGAUCUGUACUAUGUGUGUCCCAAAUAGCAUUUCAUAUUUUAUACUAGUAUUUAUAAUUGAAAAAUGAUCAUUUUUAUACACAAUUCAAUGCAUGAACAUUGAUCCAUGUCAUUUGCUAAGUCAAAAUGCAUUAAGUGCUCAACUUGCCUCUCAUCUCAAGAACUCAUCUUUGAAUCAUGUUUCUACAGUCAGCAUGUCUUUUCUUUUUUGAAGAUAGUUUUGUUUGUUUGUAAUCUUGGUGGAAAAUGUUUUGUAUUGUGGCUAGAUAUACAGUGCAGGACCAAUAUUGGGAAAGUCUAUUCCAUGUAUAUUAUUUAUUAAACUAUUUUCCAAAAAUAUUAAUUUAAGAUGUCAAAAGGUGAAGUGAUUUUAUUAUGUUGAGUACAAAAUUCUUUCUUUAUUUGGAAGAAAUGUUUUGUUUGAAUAGUUUAGAGCUAACUAUAUUAAAUUUCGAUAUUACACAGAGUGAAGUUGUAUUCCAUAAGUAACAGAAAAAAAAAAUUGCCUGAGUGUCACACAGAAAUAUUGGCAUUUAAACACAUACAUAUAUAUUUUUUAAUAAUUUCUGCAAGAACUACUUUUUGACUUGAAAUUCUAGAUCACUAGUUUUAAAGAAUGUACAGUAACAGGUACAUAUUUGCGAACAGCUUCUUAUGUGCUGUGUGUAGCCCAAAUUUAUUACUUCAUAUUCAGUGUUACUUUCAUUUUCUUAGAGGGUUUUUUAUUUAAUAAAGAUUUUGUACAACCCUAGCAUUCAUAGACAUGCUUAUUUAAAGUUACAUUACUCAUGUAUAUGUGAAUUUUACAUUUAUCACAUCAGAGUUUAAGCGUUUCCAAUCAUUUGGUUCUGUACUGUAUUAAAAAUGUUUUUGUUAUCCUACUAUAUCAGCUCUUGGUUGAUAUAUUUACUAUGGGAGAGAGAUGAGACUGAACUGUUUUUUUGUGUAGUUGCAUUAUGUUUUGUAAAUACAUGUACAAUUCAACAUUUCUUCAUUGUGUAAAUUUUCAUUGCACGCCAUUGUAAUUAUUCUUUCAUAAAAUACCCCCACAUAUCUUGCUUGCUUUAUUUCCAACUGUGAUUAAGCUCUUAAAACAUCAUUGCCUUGACAUUUUUUAAUUUAGAAGUGCCUUUUGUUGCAUGUUUAGAUUUGCUAUUGUGAUGAAUGUGCAAAAUGUAGAAUAAAACUAUUUAAAA